AUGCUCCGCAUCUGCCUGAUUUCCGGGCAGGAGCUGCCUGCUAUCAGCACUAAGAACAUCUGUGACAUACGCGACUUGAAGCGUGAGCUGCGUAAUCUGCAUUGCUUUCCGGUUUGCCUGCAACAGCUGCUGCAUAGGCGCAGCAGCUUGGAUGAUUCGACCAAGCUAGCAGUGCUACAGGAUGGCAACAGUUUGGAUAAGUCUGCGAAGCCAGACGUGCUGGAUGCUUCAAUCCACCUACAGCUUGUCUUGGCGACGGCGUCCACAGCCGUGGAGCUGAAGGAGACUACCGAGGUGUUUGGUGUUGCUUGUCGGCGCGGCAAAUUAGAGGCUGCCAAGUUGCUGCUGAAGGCUGGUGCCGAGAAGGACUUGCGCGAUAACGAGGGGCACAAGGCGGAGAUCGACGCGCAGAUUGCAGCGCUGCAGAGUGCCUCGCAGGAGCGCUUCAACAGCCUCAAGGAACUUGACCCAGCCAUGAAGGCCCUGGUGGCCGAGGAGCGAGAAGCAGCGCAGAAACAGCACCUUCAGCUGUUGGAUAGACUCACACAGCUCACGGCACGGGUGGAUGCAGAAAUUGCGGAUCGCCGGCAGGCGGAGGACCGCACCGGGGGCAAGUUGGAGUCCCUUCAGCAGGCGCUCGGUCGCGAGCAGCUUGCCCGAGAGGCCGCCAUGAGCGAGAAUGGACGUGCCGUGGGGACUUUGGCAUCCCGCCUGGAUGGUCAGGAGAGAGCCCUUCCCGAGUUGGGCGAUGCGCUAAAGGCGGAUUUUUCCAAGCUCGAGGCUACAACUAUGGCCUUCCGUCAGGAGGAGCGAGCCGCCAGGGAGGCUGCGUCCACCGACCUCACCGAAGUGCAAACUCGGAAGCACGAGGCCAUGAUGGAGGACAUCCGGCGAGAGCACGCGGGUCACAAGGAGGAGAGCCGUAAGUGGGCCCUUACCAUGGUGGAGCGCCUCAGCGAGGACCUCCGCAAGGAACGCGAGACGUUGUUCGAGGAGCUCAAUCGCCGGUGUCAGGAGGUGGUCAAGCUGAGCCACGACCAGCUAAGAUCCGAAAUCGCCGGGGAGGUCAAGCGCCUGGAUGCGUCAUUGCCUAGCCUGGAGGAGAAGCUCAAGGUGAUGUUGGCGCAGGAGCGCUGCCACCACGAGCACCAAUCGCAGGUGUCCGCGCAAGAGGUGAAGGCUGCGCUGGAGGCUCAUGGAGAGCUGGCAGAGGCUCUCGAGAGCGAGCAGCGCCUAGUUGUCCAGCGUCUCACUGAGGGCCUGCAGCGCGAGGGUGCCGCCCGCAGCGACGCGAUGAAGCGUCUACAGAUCCUCGAAUUGGACGUGCAGAAG